UACUACUUGAGGGCGGGUGCCGUGGUGCAGGAGGAUCUUUCCGAGGCGUCUCUGAUCAUCGGGGUGAAACGACCCCCCGAGGAGAAAAUUAUCCCCAGGAAGACGUACGCUUUCUUCUCCCACACCAUCAAAGCUCAGGAGGCCAACAUGGGGCUGCUGGAGGACCUGCUGAGCAAGGAGGUUCGUCUGAUCGACUACGAGAAGAUGGUCGAUGCUAACGGUUUCCGGAUCGUAGCGUUCGGUCAGUGGGCCGGCGUGGCAGGAAUGAUAAACAUUUUGCACGGUUUGGGGCUUCGUUUCCUGGCUCUCGGGCACCACACUCCCUUCCUGCACAUCGGCAUGGCUCAUAACUACAGGAGCGUCAGCCAGGCCAUUCAGGCAGUGAGGGAUUGUGGGUAUGAGAUCUCCAUGGGGCUCAUGCCCAAAUCCAUCGGGCCCGUCACGUUUUGUUUCACCGGAACCGGAAACGUCUCUAAGGGAGCCCAGGACAUCCUUAACGAGCUUCCUGUUGAAUACGUUGAGCCUCACGAGUUGAAGGACGUCUCGGAAAUUGGAGAAAUGUCCCGAGUGUACGCCACCGUGCUGAGUCGCCAUCACCACCUGAUGAGGAAGAGCGACGGCUUAUACGACCCCAUGGAGUACGAGGACCACCCGGAGCUUUACACCUCGCACUUCAGGACCAGCGUGGCGCCCUACACCACCUGCCUGAUUAACGGUGUUUACUGGGACCCCCACACCCCCCGCCUCCUCAGAAGAAUCGAUGCCCAGAAGUUGAUCAAACCUCUGAAGAAGUCGCCUCUGGCCACAGAGGGAGCUCCACACCUGCCGCACAAACUUCUGGCCAUCUGCGAUAUCUCCGCUGACACCGGGGGAUCCAUAGGCUUCAUGAGCGAGUGCACCACCAUCGAUAAACCCUUCUGUAUGUACGACGCCGACCAGCACGUGGACCACGACAGUGUGGAGGGUAACGGGAUCCUGAUGUGCUCCAUCGAUAACCUCCCCGCUCAGCUUCCCAUCGGAGCCACGGAUUAUUUCGGAGACCGGCUCUUCCCGUACCUCUGGGAGAUGCUGCCGUCAGACGCCAGCCGCCCGCUGGACGAGGAAGACUUCAGCCCGCAAGUCAGAGACGCCGUCAUCACCUCAAACGGAGUCCUCACCCCAAAGUUUGAAUACAUCAACAAACUACGAGAGCGGAGAGAGAAGGCUCAGAUCAUGAAGAAGACAGGGAUGAGACGCGUUCUGCUGCUCGGGUCGGGGUACGUCUCCGGACCCGUGGUGGAGUAUCUGACCCGAGACAAGACCACUCAGGUCACUGUGGCGUCGAUGAUGCUGCGGCAGGCGGAGGAGCUGGCGGAGAAAUAUCCCAACACCAUCCCCGUGAUGCUGGACGCAGGCAGUCAGGAGGGACACCUGGACUCUCUGGUGAAGGACCACGACCUGGUCAUCAGCAUGCUGCCCUACUCUCUCCACCCUCUGAUAGCCAAACACUGCAUCAGGAGGAAGGUGAACAUGGUGACAGCGAGCUACCUGAGCCCCGCCAUGAAGGAGCUGCAGAGCAGUGCGGAGGAGGCGGGCAUCACCAUCGUGAACGAGAUGGGUCUGGACCCCGGCAUCGAUCACAUGUUGGCCAUGGAGUGUAUCGACAAGGCCAAAGCUGACGGCUGCACGGUGGAGUCGUACAGCUCGUUCUGCGGAGGUCUUCCUGCUCCCGAGUGUUCGGACAAUCCUCUCCGUUACAAGUUCAGCUGGAGUCCGUACGGAGUCCUUCUGAACACCAUCAGCCCCGCCAUCUUCCUACAGGACAACCAGGUGGUGGAGAUCCCGGCCGGCGGCUCUCUGAUGGAGUCCAGCACCUCCAAGGAUUUCUUCCCGGGGUUCAACCUGGAGGGAUUCCCCAACCGAGACAGCACCAUAUACUCCGAGUCGUACGGAAUCCAGAGCGCACACACACUGAUCAGAGGAACACUGCGCUUCAAGGGCUUCACGAAGGCCAUGACUGGCUUUGUGAAGUUGGGUCUGAUCAACAGUGAGCCGUGUCCCGCGCUGCUGCCCACCUCGCCCCCUGUUUCCUGGAAAGAGCUGCUCUGUAAGCAGAUGGGUUUGUCCUCUUCUGUCUCUGACGAAGCCUUCGAGGAAGCCGUGUACGAACGCAUCGGGAAAGACGACUUCGCCAUGGAAACCCUGAGAUGGUUUGGGAUGCUGAGCGAAGAGUCGGUGCUUCACGCCGACAGUGUGCUGGCCGCGCUCGCAAAGCAUCUGGAAGGGAAACUCUCCUUUGCUGAGGGCGAGCGGGAUAUGAUCAUCAUGAGGAACGACGUGGGGCUCCGCCACCCGACCGGAGAGCUGGAGACCAAACACAUCAGCCUGGUGGUGUACGGGACCCCCAACGGGUUCUCCGCCAUGGCCAAGACCGUCGGAUACCCAGCAGCCAUUGCAGCUCGCAUGGUCCUUGAUGGUGAAAUCACUACAAAGGGUCUCGUGGUUCCGAUGUCGAAGGAAAUCUACGAGCCGGCCCUGGCCCGACUGAAGGAGGAAGGACUUCACUUCAUGUCUAAGAGCGACCUGCAGGAGUAGAUCCAGAACACAUCCAGAGAAAACGCAUUAGAUCCACAUGCUACCAGCUGCCUUUCCACCAACUUCAUCCAAACUGGAUCUCCUGACAGACUCCUGUUUAAAAUUGGAUUUAUAACUCACCUGUCAGGCGCUAACAAAAUAAAUGAAUAAUCGCAGAGUUUUUAUGGGAAUAUUUGAACGGUUAAAAGGAGAAAAAGGGUUUAAACUCCCUGAAGUUCUUAUUUAUUGUGUUGAAUUUCAAUUUUAGGGACAUUUAGAUUUGAAGUCAAAAAGCUCAUUAAAGGGAAGCAGGGCUCGGCUGUAUCAUACAAUAAAAGCUCUUCUGUGAAGAUCUGUGAAAGGUUGACUAAUCAAACACUAUGUUAGGCGUUAAAAAGCAAUAAGUAACACUUUCAUCAGGUGAAACUGCCUUGAAUCAUAAAUCUGUCUCUUUGAAGUGUUGGAUAUCCUUUUAGACGCUGAACUGUUCCAUGUCUUAAACCGUCCUUAUUUCCCCUCCAUGGUUUCAAACAGCAUCUGCUUUAAUUAAAGAUCCAUUCAAACGUAGCUCAAUACUGCACUGACCUUCUAACUGUGAUGCAUUUCAAAAAUAAGUGUCACACUCUGGACACAAGUGAUAGAAAUGAAACCGUCCAACAUAACAGAAUAGGAUUUAGCCUCAGAUGUCCACUAUACUAAAUACCAAAGAAGCUGAGAGCAGCUGCUAGUGAUUAUUUCCAGCUUGUUUUGUACGGGAUCACGAGUCAAUAGUGUUUAUUUUGUUCUGCUCAUGUUUGAAAUAUAUAUAGAUAAUACUAGUUUAGCUUUACGGAAGAGGAUUAUGGCCACAUUAUGUUCUGAGCAAAAAGUCAUUGCGAGAAAAAUGUUGUUUUUUUCCCAGAAAAUCGCAUAAUUUACGUUUUUUUGUCUCGGAAUUAUGACUUUUUUUCGCAAAACUCAAAGAGAUUCCCUUUUUAAACAGAUGUCAAAAGAAAACUCACAUGUUGCCCUAAUCCUCUUACGUAAACACUUUAUUGGUAAUGAAACCCAAUAAAUUGUCAAUUCGGACUGCUUUACAAGGAAGUGUCUUAAAAUAGAGAACUUCCCUGGUGUUACAUUUGUAGAAAAAGACAUUUUAAAAUAAAAAAAACUCUCAAAAUCAAACUCACUUCACAGAUCUUGAGAUAAAUGUAUAUUAUCUUAUAAAGAGUGAUCAUCUACAGAUGUGUUUUUUAUUGAAUAUUGUAUAUGAACUCAUUUAUUGGGUAACUCUGAUCCAUACCAGCGACUAACGUAGACAUUUUGGGUUUGUUUUAAAGAGUGCUUAUUGUUUUUUUGUGGAGCUUGUGUGAAGUUUCCCCAGAGUGGAUAUGGAGUAUUUAUUGUCUACAAACUGAGCAAUAUUGUGUUGUUGGCGAUGAUGUGGUCACCUUGGUUUGUAAGAUGCUUUAAAUGGUUACAAAAACAAAGAGAUUUUAUACACACCUGAGAUGUAUUUUUUUAAAUAAUAUAUCUGACAUGUCGAUCAUAUGUGGGACUCGAGAGGGUUUCUAAAAUGCAGAUUUUAAAAAGGAGUAUGUCAGUUUAACGGUUUUACAAUUUCAGAGUAUUGCUUUAAUUCACCUCGCGGUAAAACACACUUUUAUUAUUUUUAAUAUUUCAGUUGACACUCAUGAUAAAACGCUUGUUUUGAUAGAAGAUUUUUGCUUUAUGGAAAUGUAAACAUGAAUAAAAAUAUUUCUGUGAUGUGCUUUCAUUCAA